AUGACAAAAUCACUCGAUGGCAAGGUUGCAGUUUUAACAGGUGCCAGUCGUACUAUUGGCAAGGCUGUAGCUGUUGAGCUAGUACGACUCGGUGCAAAGGUGGUUAUUGGUGAUGUCCUUGAUGCUCAAGGUGAAGAGACCGUGCGUGAGUUAAAUGACGCGGCUGGGAGCAAAGUAGCAGUGUAUUUACACGUUGAUGUCACCAAGUACGAUGCCAACAUCGCCCUUUUCCGCCUUGCUGAAAAAGAGUUUGGUGGUGUGGAUAUUGCGUUCCUGAAUGCAGGUAUCGGUUCCAACGCUAAUGCCAUGUUUCUCCCUCUCGAUGAUGAAACCGAUGAUCGCAUGUUGAAUGUUAACACCAUGGGAGUGAUCAAAGGCACCAAAGUAGCCAUGUUGCAUAUGGCUAAACGUGGCGGAGGGGUUAUUAUCAACACUGCAUCCAUGGCUGGCAUGGUUUGUUUACCAUCAAUGAGCAUUUACAAUGCAUCGAAACAUGGUGUUGUGGGGUGGACUCGUUCAUGUGGUAUUUAUAAGGAUGUAUGCAAUGUGCGCGUAAAUGCUAUUUGUCCCACAUGGAUCCAAACCGAGCUUGCUGAAGACUUGGCAAAUAAGAAAAACAAUGACCCAUGUCAAAUCAUCAAUGAAUCAUCACCUUUCGCGACAAAGGAAGACGUUGUCAAAGCCUUCAUGACCUUGGUUGAGGAUGAGGAGCGCACGGGUCAAACAUUGAUGGUCCUUUCCAACCAUGUUAUUGAACCUGCUGAACCCCCUACAUUUGGAGCGCUCAAGAAAAAUGCUUCACAAGAGGUCCGUCAGCAAUACCUCCAGGAAGCGAUUGUGAGCUACAAGAAGCAAUUGGCAGAAGCACGUGAACGAUAUGGCAUUUGA